AUGAGCGCGAUCGAGAAGGUGGCCGAGGUGCGCACCACGAUGUCCUCGGCAGGGGCGGUCGAAGUUCGCCGGCCGGGCGAGGGCGAGCCGACCGACGAGGAGCUCUCCUCCUUCCCGCUCGCGGCGGGCGCGCACUUGCCGAUGUCCUCGCCGGCGCUCGAGUUCACAAAGAUGGUCACCCACCUCGUCGGCCUCGACCCGCUCCUCGAGGACGGCGUCGUCCGGCUCCGCCGCAACCUGCUCCAGCUCCUCGCCGUGCAGGAGUUCGCACCCGAGGCGCGCUUCGUCAACCCGUGCCGGACCUUCUGCGCGCUUCGUCAACCCGCGCGCUUCGUCAACCCGUGCCGGACCUUCGUGCUGCCCGACGCCGUCUGCUCGCACUGCCACGACGUGCGCGACCUCGACCUCUGCCGCGACGCCACGCCGUCGCGCGAGUGGGCGUGCUCGGUCUGCGGCUCGACGCACGACCCGGAGGUGGUCGAGGCGCGGCUGGUGCAGGUGGUGCAGCAGCGGGCGAUGGCCUUCCUGGCGCAGGACCGCGAGUGCCGCAAGUGCCGCACCGAGCGCUGCCCCACCUGCGCCGGCCGCUUCACGCUGCGCAAGCCGCCCGACGAGCUGCGCGCCACCUUCGACACCUUUGCGUCGAUCGCGCACCACUUCGACCUCCCGUACUUGGCCGAGACGUGCGCGUGGCUCUCGGCGAGCGUGUUCGGGAAGUUCAGCAAGGCGGAGGUCGCCAACUGCUUCCAGCGCCGCUAA